AUGGUAGGCACUUAUGUGCCGGUCGAUGGAUCCUUUCGUGGUGCAUGGUGUUGGUAUAAGGUGGCCAAUAAGCUGAAAUCAGAAGGUCACAAUAGAAAAAAGGUGAUUCUUGUUGGUCACGGUCUUGGUGGGAUAUCAGUAUCUGUUGCCAUGGGAAAAUACCCUGAAAACAUCUCUGUUGCAGUUUGCAUCACUGCAACUGUUGUCUCUGAAACCGAACCACAUCAGAUUUUCUUCAAGAUGUACUUUUCUCACUAG